CACCACUACAACAGCUCUUUAUCGUACACCACUGAAUUCACCAUCAGGACAUUGUUUCUCACUAUAUAUACCUACCAAAUCGAUAGAUAACCCGCUAAUCAGCUGCAAACACCCCAUCCCGGGCGUUUCUGCCCAAGCCAACCCCUCCAAAGACCAGCAAAUCGACCACCAUGGCCGCCACAACGACCACCUCGUCCUCGUCCAGAGACCCUGUCGCCACCAUCCUCAACCACGCCGCGCAUUCCUACAGCUUCCGCUUCUCACCGUUCCUCCGCCAGACGUACCAGGUCGGCCUCUCCCCCGACCGGCCGAUAUGCAAGGCCUUCCAGGCGGGCAGCUGCCCCAACGGCACGCGCUGCUCGGAGCGCCACGUCUCGGACGGCCGCUCCAAGGACGGCUCGCAGCAGCAGCAGCAGCAGCAGCACCCGUCGGGCGGGCUCAACUCGCUGGUGUGCAAGCACUGGCUGCGCGGCCUGUGCAAGAAGGGCGAGCAGUGCGAGUUUUUGCACGAGUACAACCUGCGUAAGAUGCCCGAGUGCAACUUCUUCAUGCGCAACGGCUACUGCUCCAACGGCGAGGAGUGUCUGUACCUGCACGUCGAUCCGCUGUCGAAGCUGCCGCCGUGUCCGCACUACGACAUGGGCUUUUGUCCGCUGGGCCCGCUGUGCGCGAAGAAGCACGUGAGGAGGAAGUUGUGCGUGUACUAUCUCGCGGGCUUCUGUCCUGAUGGGCCGGAGUGCAAGAUGGGCUCGCAUCCCAAGUGGUCCAAGGAUCUGGAGAAGCCUGUGCCCAAGAGCGCGGAGAAGAGCGAGGAUGAGAUGAAGCCGGAUAUGCGGCAGAUGUUUGGGGGAGACGAUGAUGGGGAUCGGUUUAGGGAUGGGGGGAGGGGGGAGAGGGAGGAUCGCGGGCAUGGGAGACAUGGAAGGGGAGGAGGGGGGAGAUGGAGAGGCGGAGGGGGACGAGGGAGGUAUAGGAGUAGGGGCCAUUGAGAGGAUGCUGAAUGGGGGUUAUGAUUACGAUGUGGGAAGAAGUUUGGGAGGACUCAUGGGUUGUUACGAUAUAUAUAUCAUUGCUUUACUUUUCGAGCCCAUAAUGAUACCCCACUGGGAUAGAGGCUAUAUGGGAGGGAACAGGUUUACUUGGUUUCACAUUGAGCGUUAUAUAGGGAAAUUAGCAUACGGUCUUCUGGAAUAAAGGGAAACACGAGAGGAUCCAAGUA